AUGAUUGAAAUUGUCCAUCCAUAUUUCCAACACUUGGUUGACCAUGUAUGCAAACUUGGAGAUUUCGAAAUGAUGUGCGACAUGGUCAAUAUAGCAGUUGCCAAGGAAGGGGUUAUCCAAAACAGCCAACUCUUAUUCGACCGUUUCAUGGCAUUCAUUGUAGAAUCUGUAGUCUAUGCCAUAUCGAUUAGCGAUCAUAGAUAG